AUGGGGGCUGUUGGUGUCCUGGGCUGGUGGCUGCUGCUGCUGCAGGUGGUGCCCUGGGCCACAGGUGCCCGGCCCUGCAGCCCCAAGCACUUCGGCCAGGAUUCCAUCGUGUGUGUCUGCAAUGCCACCUACUGCGACACGCUGGACCCCGUGGCGCUGCCAGCCCCGGGCGCCUACAUCAAGUACGAGAGCAGCAAGGCUGGCAAGCGGCUGGAGCGCAGCGAGGGAAGAUUCCAGCGCAGCCUGCACGCCCCAGGGCUGCUGCUGACGCUCAAUGUCUCUGCGCGGUACCAGCGCAUCAAGGGCUUCGGUGGAUCCCUCUCCGAUUCUGCUGCCCUCAACAUUCUGCAGCUGUCACGGCCGGCCCAGGACCGGCUGCUGCGCUCCUACUUCUCCGAGAGCGGGAUUGAGUACAACCUCCUCCGGCUCCCCAUGGCUUGCAGCGACUUCUCCACACGCCCCUACAGCUACGACGACGUCCCCCAGGACUUCGAGCUGAAGCACUUCAGGCUGGCAGAAGAAGACCUGAAGAUGAAGAUCCCUCUCCUGCACCGAGCUUCAGCCAUGAGCAGUAGGCCACUGUCACUGCUUGCCAGCCCCUGGACCACCCCAGCCUGGAUGAAGAGCAACGGCGACGUCCGCGGGAAGGGCAUCCUGAAGGGGCAGGCAGGGGACAAGUACCACAAGACCUGGGCCAACUACUUCAUCAAGUUCCUGGACGAAUAUGCCAAGCACAAUGUGACCUUCUGGGCAGUGACAGCACAGAACGAGCCCCUGGCAGCGCUCCUCACGCCCCCCCAGUUCCCCACCAUCGCCUUCACCGCCGUGAGCCAGAGGGACUUCGUGGUGCACGACCUGGGCCCCGCGCUGGCACGCAGUGCCCACCGCACCCGGCUCAUCAUCAUGGACGACCAACGCAUCCACCUCCCGCACUGGGCCAAAGUGGUCCUGGGCAAUGCCACUGCUGCUCGCUAUUCCGCUGGCGUGGGAGUGCACUGGUACCUGGACAGCAUUGUCCCUGCCAGCUGCCUGGAUGCCACCCACAAGCUCUUCCCUGACCAUUUCCUCCUCUACACGGAGGCCUGCAGUGGCUUCCUCACCUUCCGCUUCUCCGUGUCCCUGGGCUGCUGGGAGCGAGGGGUCCACUACAGCCACAGCAUCCUGACGGUCCUGAACCACUUUGUGGCUGGCUGGACAGACUGGAACCUGGCCCUAGACCUCAAGGGAGGUCCCAACUGGGUCAAGAACUACGUGGACAGCCCUGUCAUCGUGGACAGCAGCAAGGAUGUCUUCUACAAGCAGCCCAUGUUCUACCACCUGGGGCACUUCAGCAAGUUCAUCCCCGAGGGCUCGCAGCGCGUGGGGCUGCACAGCAGCCGCCGGUGCCUCACCUGCCAGCUGCAGCAUGUGGCUGCCCUGCGCCCCGAUGGGGCUCUGGUCCUGGUGGUCCUCAACAAGUCAGUGGGGGCAGCCCAGGCAAGGGGGGGAGAGGGCUCAUCACUGGUCCUGCUUGCUCAGUCCCUCUCCCUCCCCAGGUUCGGCUGGGAUGUGCCAUUUGGGAUCCGGGACCCUGUUCUUGGUUUCAUCGAGACUGUGGCUCCAGCCAACUCCAUCCAGACCUACCUGUGGCGUCAGCAGUGAGGGCAAGGGCAGUGCUGGGGACAGCCUGGGGGGGCUGUGGAGGUCUCUGCAUCUCUGACGUUUUCACAGAGUUGUGAAGGUUGGAAGGGGCCUCAGGGAUCAUCUAGUUCUAAUUUCCCUCCACCCUUUCCAGCAGCAGUGGUGGGAGGUAGUGGUGCCUGCUGCUGGGGGUGCAGGAGAACCCAGGGAUCCUGCUCUUGGCUCUCGCCAGGGCUGCUGCUGCUGCUCCUGGCACUUCCCCACCGCUACUCUCCCUUCCCCAGCACCUCCCGCCCCACGCAGCUGCUGCUGCGCUGUCUCCCGGCCCCUGCAUCCACACGUGGCUCCGCUGGAGCCUAGCUGUGUGUCUGGGGGGUGCCAAGU